AUGGUUUGUGUACACGGAAGUGGUUCGUUUCUUCGAGUGUAAUUGGGUUUGGAUUUCUGAAGCGCUCAUUGAUAAUACUUGAUUGUUAGCUAGAGCCUGGAAAUAGAUCGUGGAAAGAACUUUUCACGCUGCUGUAAAUCUAAUGGGAUAUUUUCACUUUUUUGUAUCUGAGUGGAUUACUGUUUCUUUUUCAUUCACUGUUUUUCGCUUUUAAUUUAAAACUUGAAAUAAACAUACGUGAUGCGUCUUGACAAGCUUUACAAAACUGUUCUAUAUUUUACCGGUUUGCGAAAAGGAGUAUUUUGAAUUCUGCCUUUUGCACUUGUUAUUUUUCACUAUUAAAAAGGUUACACAAAAGAAGAACAUGCUAAACAUUCCAUCACAAUCCUUCCCAGCCCCCAGUUCACAGCAGCGCGUGUCUUCGGCGCAGGGAAGAAGCAAGGUGCCUCUGAAACCAGGUAGGAGCUUAAUGGAUUGGAUCCGGCUUACAAAGAGCGGAAAGGAUUUGACCGGUCUAAAGGGAAGGUUGAUUGAAGUAACAGAAGAAGAGCUUGCAAGACACAAUAAAAAUGACGACUGCUGGAUAUGCAUACGAGGUUUAGUUUAUAAUGUGACACCUUACAUGGAAUAUCAUCCUGGUGGAGAAGAUGAACUGAUGAAGGCAGCAGGGAUGGAUGGAACAGAUCUUUUUGAUCAGGUUCAUCGUUGGGUUAAUUAUGAAUCCAUGCUGAAAGAGUGCCUGAUAGGUAAAAUGGCAAUGAAGGCUGUAACUGCAACAAAAGUUUCAGAUAGCCACUUGAGCAUGAAAGGAAAGCCAGUAGGCAAUGGCGAGAAAGUUUCAGAUCAGUUGUCUCAGUUACCAUUUAGAGAUGGAAUGCUCCCUAAACCAAGAUAUGACUGGUUUCAGAAUGACAUGACUGUUUCAGUUGUCAUAUAUGCAAAACAAAAGGAAAUAAGUUCAGAAUGUAUUAUUGUGGACCUUGAUGAUCAUAAUUUGCGAGUGGAGCUACUUCUUGGGGUGAAAUCCUAUCUUCUUCACCUAAAAUUAUUUAGUAAGGUUGAAGAUGAUAUUAAGGUGAUCACAUCAUAUGGCAUAGGAAAAAUAGAGUUAAACAUGAAAAAAAAGUCCUGUUGCAAGUGGACUGAAUUGGGCACGCCCCUGAUCAAACAUGAUAUGUUAAUAGAAACCAAGAAUCAAGAAAUAUUCUACAGAAAGUGCACCUUAAUAUCUGUUUGUGAUGUAACUCAUGACACCAAACUAUACCAUUUACAGCUUCCAAGGGGAACAGUCUGUCAAGUGCCUGUAGGCAAACAUAUUUACCUCAAAACUACAUAUAAAGACGGGGAAAUAGUUAAACCAUACACCCCAGUAUGUGAAACACUUAUUUCAAAAGACACGGAAUGUGAUAAGAAUAUAUUCCUGAUAAUAAAGAUAUACUGCAAUGGAAUUUUCACCUCACAUAUUGCUAACCUGCAGCCUGGGGACACUUUAUAUAUGAGUAAUCCGGAAGGCAAAUUUAAUGUGCACUCUCUUCAAGGAGUAACAGACUUGUGGAUGUUAGCUGCAGGAACAGGCUUCACACCAAUGAUCAAGCUAAUAAAAUAUGCAUUCAAAAAUAUUUCAGCUCUACGGAAAAUAAACCUAGUUUUUUAUAAUAAAACAGAAAAGGAUAUCAUUUGGCAAAGUCAUUUGGAACAGCUUAGUGCAGAAGAUGAAAGGUUUAAAGUUGAAUUUGUUCUAUCAGAACCGCCACAUCACUGGACUGGAAAACGAGGCACAAUUGAAGUGUCACAUAUAUCUGAUUUAAUGAGCCAAGACGCUAAUGAUUCCAAGUGUUUUGUAUGCAUCUGCGGUCCAAUACGUUUUACAGAGAAAACACUUAUGAUUUUGCAAGAAUUAGAAUUCUCGGAAGAAAAAAUUCAUGCCUUUCUUGAAUAAGGAAUGUAAUUCUUUUUUAAAGUAAUUUAUAAAGAGAAGCUAUUUAAGGCAGCAUCAUAUUUUUCUAUGCAUUUUAUAUUAAUGGUUUAAUAUACCUGAUGAAUAUAAAUAUUAUAUACAUGAGUAAGAUUUUUAUUUGCAUUUGCUUACUAUGCACGCAAAUAAAAUAUGCUUUAAAUUUAUAGCAAAAGACUAUAGCAAAAGUUUAACUAGGCUGUUCUAAUCUUCCACAUUUCAUGUAAUUUGUUUA